AUGAAGUGUCUAGCAAUUUUUGCGGGAAUAAUGAUCGCGAGCGACUAUGUCUCCGCUCAGCGCCAACCUCCAUAUCCUCCAUAUCCUCCAUAUCCUCAAUAUUCUCCAUAUCCGCAAUGCGCGGACAACUGCACAGUCACAACGGCAUCACAAUUCAAUUGUUCUCUAACCGAUGUCACCUGCAGCUGCUCGAGCCAAUUUCUCGACGUUCUCUUUCCAUGCAUCGAUACGGAAUGUACUGUGUUGGAUAGCUUGACUGCCAAAAAUGUUACCGCCAAUGCGAGGUGUCAUCAGCCAGACCCCGAUGAUGGGAAGAUUUUGGUCAUCAUUGUGCCGAUGUGUGGCGCUAUUGCGACAUUGGUUCUGGGGGUGAGAAUAGCUACGGCCUUUCUGCGGCGGUCCCGGUUAACUGUCGAGGAUUAUUUGAUCAUGGCCUCAUGGUUGAUAGUUGUCAGCCAUGUUGCCUUUUCAGUUGAAAUGUACAAGACCGGGGUGGGUCGAAAAAUAUGGAGUAUUCCUCUAGAGAACACCUACUUUAACAUGAAGCUGUUUUUCUUUGCAGACAUUGGGUAUCUUACUGGUAUUUCCUUGACGAAAAUAUCCAUACUUCUAUUUUAUCUUCGGGUAUUCCCCAACAUGCUCGUCACCUUGUAUGCCUUCAUUGGUGUGAUAUCAUGCUAUAAUGUGUCGUUUGUCGUGGCCCUUCUGGCGUCACAUAUCCCAGUUAGCGGCGUGUGGACGGCUUGGGACGGCAAAUUCACUGGCCGCCAUAUUAAUGUCGAUCUCAUGUGGUAUGUGGCUGCCAGCCUGAAUCUCGCUUUGGAUCUGGGAAUCAUACUUCUACCAAUCUGGCAAUUGCGGCACUUGCGUAUGAGCUUUAGCAAAAAGGUGCGGGCUAGCUUGAUGUUUCUAGGCGGAACUUUUGUCAUUAUUACCUCCGCUAUCCGCAUGCCCAACCUCCGCGAUUCUUCUGCACCGAUCAACCUCAUGCGUGUGGACUCGGUCAUUGCUCUCGGUUGGUGGAGCACUGUUGAGGUCACGGCUAGCAUUCUAGUGGCGUCGAUGCCCAGCAUACGCCUCUUUGUCUUGUACUUCUUUCCGCGAGCCGAAUCCGAGGCCAGCGGCGGUGGUGGCUUUUCAGGCAGCCCGAAUCGGGACAUUCACUGGCGCAAACCACCUACAAGAAGUAAUAUCCCCAAAUGUAAGCGGAGGGGGUUGAACGUUCUGGGGACGGAUUAUGCCCUAGAAAGUUCAUCGACACAAGAUUUAGUUGAUAUAGUGACGUUGAGUCAGCCCAAGGGGUUUCAUGAGUAA